AUGUUACAUCAGCUUCUAAAACCAAGGCUUACAAUUUGUGAUGAUAUACAGCAGAGCUUUAAUCUUCUGAAUAAAGUUGAUGUAUGUGUACUCGAAGCAAUACAUCAGCUAGAUAAUUCUGAAAGAAAUGGAAACGACUUAUUUAUAAAAGUGGUUUAUAAUAGAGAUUCGGACCUUGAAAGGUUAAAUAAUGGAUUUGGAUUUCGACGAGUUGGUCUCGUAGAAUUCAAUUUCAUUUACUGA